AUGGCGGAUGUCAUUGUAGAAACAGUAUUCUCUAGAGACGACGAAAAAUUCAGUAAAGACAAGAAAUGGAAACUAUUUUUGAAACAGCUACUAGUUAUCAGCGCAGUAUGGACAUCAUAUUUCAUGUAUGGACUUUGUCUAGGAUCUCCAACAGUAUUUAUUCCACAAAUAAGAAAAUCGAAUUCGAAUGACACAAUCAGCGAUGAAAUGGCAUCAUGGCUUUCGUCUAUUCAUAUCUUCAGUGGACUGCCAGCAAUAAUUUUACUAUCCUUCCUUGCUCAACUUAUAGGUAGAAAGAAAACUUAUUUAAUCGUAUGUCUUGCUACUUUAACUGGGUUCUUCGUAUUUUACUUUAGUAUAUCAGUUACUGAAAUACUAAUUAGUGAAAUUGUACAAGAAGUCAUUGUAGAAAACAAGUACUUUUCAAUUUUGUUGCUCUCAUUGUUCUCCAUAUCAAUAAGCUGUGGUCCAAUGAACAUGUGUACCUCAAUUUUCGGAGAGCUCAUUUCGUUAGAAUACAGAUCUUCUACUUUGGCCAUCAUCGGUGUAUUUGGUCACACAAUGAUGGCGGUAUUGGUUAAAAUAGCUCCUCUUAUUUUCAAAACAUUUAAAUUGCAUGGUGCUUUUCUUUUCUAUGGUUUAUCAACAUCUAUUUGCACAAUACUUCUAUAUAAAUACCUGCCUGAAACUAAGGAUAAAACUUUGCAGCAAAUACAGGAUUCUCUAAAAAGUCAUCAAAAGGAAGAAAAAGAAGCCACAGAAUUGAUGUGA